AUGUCAUUUAGUAACAUGACUCCAUUUAGUGGAGGUCCUGACAACAAUGACUUCUUGAUGAACAAUAAUAACAACAUUUUUGGUUUCAGCAACCAAAAGAAAACUAUUCAUCCUUUGACUGCUGUUAAUCAGUCUAGACUCAAUCAAAUUGUAAAGAGUCCAGUGAAGAAAAUUAAGCCAAAUUAGAACUUUAUUGCCUAUCUUGAAGAGAGAGAUGAGAAGGGAUAUUUAUUAAGUGGUCAAUCUCCAAUGUAACAUAUGAUAGAGAGAGUGAGAGAGCAAAAAUAUAACAACAAUGCACUUCGUUGGACCACAGAAAAGAAUCUAAGAGAGACAAGGAAGAAUGCAAUGAGCAAAAUUCAAUAGAGUCUAAAGAUUAGUAGUUAAAACUCUAAUGCUUAUAAAAAUAUAUCAACUGCUGAAAACUCAGUAGAUAUUACCUAAAUUUCCCCGCCUCCAGAAUAUAAACCUGUUUAUAAUCUCUCAGACUUUAUAAUGUCAAAAGAAAAUUCACUGGAAAUUAAAAACAAGCAAGAAAGAUAGUAUUAUAGUGGAUAGUAAUCACCCGAAGAUUUCAACAACUACAUACAAGUAGAUAAUUAGAAUAUAUCAUGCCAAGGUUAUAAUAUUAAUGAAGAUAAUGAUGACCAUCAAGGUAGAAACGAAAUAAUCCCUACUUCCAGGACACAUAAGAGCGGUGGAAACAACUUUGAAUCAUUUAGAAUAUAAUUGCUGCCGGGAUAAGAAAACACAUUUAGAUCAAGAAUUACUUCUAAAUCUAUCUAAACGUCUAAUCAUGCUACUGAUAAUGCAAUCAUUUAAGCUUUAAAUAGAGCUAAGAAAAAUGAUGUUUCCCCAAGAGCUAUUUUAGGGCUAAAAGAGAUUUCAUAAGGAGAUAUAACAAGAGUAUAUAUAAAGGAAUGCAAAAACUAGCAAAUAAAGUAUAGAUUUAAUGAUAAUAAUAACAUUAGCCGAAAGAUUCCUGAAUCUGAGCUAUAAAAUGAGAUAAAUACAGAUUACAAAAGAGUCAUUGCUAAUAAUAGAGGGAAUCAGGUAUUUAGUGCCUUUAGUCCGACAGCAAGAUUUACUUAGAAAAAAUUACCUUACAAUGUAGAUUAAAUGGAUUUUUCUAUGCUUGACGUGCAUGAUAAAUUGUUUGUAAACAAGAAUGAACUUCUCUAUUUUAAUAAACAAGCUGGUCGUAAAAACAUAUUCUUAACUCCUGAUUAAGUCAAAAUAAUGGAUGAACAAGCUGUAAAGCAUCAAUAAAAAAUAUAGAAGCUAUAAUAGUUUAAGGAAAUGGUCAAAGAUAACGAAAAGAAAUAUGCUGUUAAUAAGCAAUGGAGAGUAACAUUCUAAUAUGACGAACAUAAAAACGUUAAGCAAUUGAAACCGUGGGUCAAAGAAAUGGUUAGAUAAAUCCGAGGCCAUACAGAUGGGGCUAAACUUAGUCACUUUGAUAUAAAUCAAAUAAGAGGACUAAAAAAUCAUAAUGACGACUCUGAUUGA